UAACAAUGCUUGCCUUUAAUGAUGGAUUCAUCGUGCAUCAACUCCGUGUCCCAUCUUCAAUUGCCAAUCAAUCGAAUCGAACCGUACAACCCGUUGGCGGACACUCCACUCAAAUGUUCAGUGCAUCCGCAGAAAUGGAGUGGUUCAGACAGCAGCGCUACGCCAUUUGUCAUCUACGGGAGGGAAGCGACUAUCUACGCUACCUGCGCCCGUUCCAGCUGAUAGCCGGCUAUCCGAUCAAUCCCCGACCGGCACUCUCGAAACUGGCGACCGUCGUUCGGCUGCUAGCCUACCUGACAUACCUUGGCACCUUGCUGCAUAAGAUUAGCUACGUACUGUAUCGCCCCGAGGACAUUAACUACGUGUCGUUCGUGUCCGGUGGCAUCACCGUACUCGUGGCCGUACUGCUGCUGAUGCUAAUCUUUACCGUCCACUACGACGCGUUCCAGCAGUUGGGCACCUUUCUGAACGACCGUGCGUUUGCCCGCGACCAUCCGCUGGCCACCGGUAUCCGCGACCGUUGGUAUCGCUGGAGCAACGGUCUCAUACUGGGACCGCAGUGCUGCAUCGUUCUGAUUCUCCUGCAGACGUGGAUCUCGCGGCAGCACCUGAAAAAGCACACCAUGCUGGUGGUGCGCGGUGAGCCGGUCGGUACCGAGUUUGACCACUUCCUGUACAUGAGCUGUCUGUACUUCCCCACGGUGGGCUUCUUCAUGGGCUGCUCGAUCGUGAACGCGAUGCUGGUGGGCUUUCUCGGCGAGAUGGAACUGUUGGCCACCUGUCUGGGGGAACUGUUCGAGACGGUUGAGCGGCAGGUGAAGGAGGAAGGACCCACUGGCCGGCCGGAUAGUCGCGCGCUCUAUUGGUCCACCUUGCACGGCGAGUUACGCCGAUGCGCCCAGCGGCAUUGUGCAAUUUUCACGAUGCUACCGAAGUUGCAGCGGAUGGCCAGCUUCGUGUUUCUGCAGCAUCACAUCUUCUCGCUCGGGCUGGUGGUGGCCGGCUCCUACGUGACACUGCGCGGUCCGGCACUGCGCGAAAACAUUGUGCUCAGCGAGUAUCCCAUCUCGGUCGUGCUCGAGUACUUUAUUUUCUGCCAGCUGGUCGAGAAGCUGCAGGAUAUGAACCGAUCGAUUGGCGAUCGGCUGUACGGGACGGAGUGGAUGCUGAAGCUGCAGUACUCGAGAGAUUUUCAACGAGAGUAUCGAUCGGCGGCGCUUACGAUUCGAUUGCUGAUUAUGCGCAGCCAGCACCGGGUCCGGUUCACCUGCGGCUCGAUCAAUCCGGUGUCGAUGGAAAAGUUUACCGAAUUUCUCAACCUAUCCUACUCGAUCGUUAUGUUUCUGCUUAGCAUCAAUUAGUGUGUCCUUUAGGUUAUUUUGGAGAAUAUCCUUGGAGUCAAUAUU